AUGAUCUUCCAAUAUUCCGCAUGCUUCGGCACAGAGCUCGCAAUGAACAAUCAGUUGGCUACGCAUUUUCGCACAUACUUCCAGAUGGAUGCAGGUGAUGCCAGCGCUCUUGCUGGUGCUUUCGGCCUGAUGAACCUUUUCGCAAGAUCCCUGGGAGGCAUUAGCAGCGACAUUUGCUACAAGUACUUCGGCUUCCGCGGCCGCAUUUGGGCUCAGUUCCUGGCGCUCUUUUUCGAAGCUAUCUUCCUGUUCAGCUUCGGAAAGGUGGACAACUCGCAGCCGUGGUACGUGGCCUUGGCAGUCUUGGUUUGCUUCUCGCUCUUUGUGCAGAUGGCUGAGGGUACCUCCUAUGGCAUCGUGCCCUUUAUGAACCGGAAGCAGCUCGCAGUUGUGUCCGCGCUUGUGGGUGCCGGUGGAAAUCUCGGGGCAGUGAUUGCAGGUUUCUGCUUUUACAAGCCGAUCCAGGAUGCGCUGCUGCCUUUCCAGGUUCACGCGGGCUAUGUCAUGUUUUGGGCGCUGCUGAGCCCCUGCUACUACUGGUCCGAGUUUGGUGGGAUGUUCCACGGACCGGCACAGAGCUUCGAGAAGGGCAAGACCCAGAGCAGCGAGUCCGAGUCCUACACGGAGUCCGAGGCCACCAGCGAGAACUGCAUGUGA